GCCAAGUUUGGGGCAAGCAAUAGGGGUAGGUGGAGCUCCUGGAGGGUCAACAUCUAGUGCAGCACCACUGCCAGUGCAGCCGUCUGGCGGUACAUCUUCGGCAUCGAGUGUGCCAAUUAUAACGACACCACCAUCCGCAGCAGCUACACUUAAGGCACUGGAGGGUAUAGGAGCCAGACGAAUAAAUCGUAGAGGAAAUAUUUGUUUUCAUGCUUGUUCCAUCCAUUGCAAGGCACAACUUGAGCGGGACUCUUCCUCUAAUCCAUCCAGUAGCACUUUGAAUCAGCAUCUGAUCCAAGAACUGAAAAAGUUGCAGCAAGCUUUGGAGGUUGAGCGCGAGGAACGAAAGAGAGCUGAGCAGGAGAAGACGCAGACAGAAAGGAAACUGUCCAGGGCUCACAACGUAGCAGAACAGCUACAUGACCGCUUGCGGAAGAGCACUUCUGCAAGUAAAUCGGAGUUAUGGCUUUUGGAUGUGGUUGUUGUGAAUGUGAUACAAGUUGUAGUUUCAUUAUGAUGCGUAAGCGUAUGAUAAUGUGGUUGUUGUGAAUGUGAUACAAGUUGUACAGUUAUUUCAUUAUGAUGCGUAUGAUAAUGAUAUGCGUAUGGUAAGUAUCUUCAUCUAGGUGUCGGCAUGAAAUAGACGCUGUCCUCACAUCCAAAGAUAUUGUAAUGGCGCCAAGCUGCUUUUCUAAUUCGUGCAGGUGGUGGCUCAGGGAAGAACACUGCGGGAGGAGCCGGGGCUUUUAUGACUCUCGUUGGUUGUUGUGUUAUUGAGCGGAGAAAUUCCCGCUCCCGGAAUUUCAAUAUUUCGAAAGCCAGAGUCUGUUAGUUCUUCUCUUUUUACGACUUCUCAGGACUAUGCAGCUGAUGCAAAGAACGUCUAGUUGUAUAGUCGAACACAAUAUCGCCAGUCUUUUUAUGGUCCACCAUCGAGCUUAUUAUUGUUAUAAUUCCGUCUGUUGCUGGGGCGCGAGCGGGUGGAGCAAAGCAAAUUCCAGCUCAACUGCCUCCACAGCCGCAGACUUCUUCUUCCUCCUCAUCAUAUGGCUUUCUUCGAGUUUUCGGAGAACAGAACACGGCACCUUUUUCUUUCUUUGCGGUGCCUCAACAUGAUAGAAUCAAUCGCCGUUCCUUUACUGGCUUCUUUCAUUUGAUCGCGUUGAAGCGAGCAGAAUCUUCAAUGUUUGUUGAUUCUAAUCAUGAAAACGAGCGCCACCGCCAUAUCUUAGCAAUAUUCCACCAGGGCCAGUUGCCGGAGGACCAGGUCAACCAGCUCCCACGCCAUCCGCGAGCUCGACAAAGGGCCUCACAACCUCGCCGUUGCCAGCAGCUGCGAGAGUGCCGGUUAUGGUUGCAGGUUACAAACUAGAGCAAUAAAGGACUUGAACUGUCCUCAUAAAGUAGGCCUUUAUUUCAGGAACAUUAGCUCCUGCUAAGUCCGAGAACUGCUUGUCCGUCCACAUUCACUUUCUGCAUAGGUCUAACACCUCUGUUCCGCCGAGCAACAUGAAGGGCGGCGUUAGUGCAAGUGGAGCUACUUCUACACAACAGCAGACGAAACAAGGCAGUAUGGUUGCACCAACUGCGCAACAGCGGAAAGGACUCUCCGCGUCAAUCUCAUCAGGAGCGAUCUUGCAGCAACAUCAGCAACAGCAACCACAGUUGCAACCCGUUGUACAAAUACCACCGAUAGCGAACGGUGCGCAGCCACCGCCGCAACAGCCACCACAAUUGGCUAAUGGAGGGCAACCAGGUCUGCAACCAGGUGGUGGAGGAGGCCUAGUACAACAACAGCAACCGAAUCUUGCAGCUGCAGCUAAUGGAAAUUCUCUUCCUCUAGUAGGUGGAGUACAACAACAGCAGCAACAAAAUCAAAAUCAACAUCUUCUAGUAGGUACUAGUACAUUAAGGGUAGGUUAAAGGUGCUUUUCUUACCGCUUUUUAUGCCUCUCCUAAGGGAGAAAGGCAUAACAAGCGGGGCAAGCGAGCACCAAAAACCUGCCUCUAAGCACAACUCCAACUGCAGCGCAACAGACGUCGACGUCGAUGACACCAGCUGCUAGAACCAGUGCUCCUCGCAACCCUUUUGAUCCCAGAUUAUCAACAAAUCCUUUCGACGGAGGUGGUGCAGGAGGAGCAACUACCGCGGCAACCGGCGCUUCUACGAACCCAUUUGAUGGGAGCAAUAUCCUUCUCACAGUGCGCAUAGUCAGCAGCAUCGAUGGAGAAGAACAAGCUUCGUUUGCACUUCCUUUAUCUACUUCAGCAUCUGAAACGCAUUUUUACCAAUUGCUGGAUCGGAAGUGUCAGCAUACGGUAGGAGCUGGCCUGUCCCAACUACAGUGGA